GUAAAACAGGAGCAUCCUCUUACCCAGCCAGGUGGAAAGGAGUGUCCUGGAAAGAGCACCUUAAUACCAAGUGAGGUCGGUAAAUGCAGUGAGCAGGUUGCCACAGUGCAUCCCACAGAUGACACAGAAGUUGAAUUUAUCAUUACGAUGGCCCAAUGGCACAAGAGUUCAUCAGGCACUUAUAAGGUAUAUGAUAAACCCAGUGACAGCGUGUAUACCACUCUGAUGAAGAACGAGGCUGUCCAGGAUGAGCGGAAGAAACGACCAGGGGAAGAGAUGAGAGUGUCGACAGGUGAAACUGGUAAAGAAUACGUGAACUUAGGGAUGCCCUUGAAGUCUCUGCCAAAAAGUUCCCAUCUUCGUAUUACAUUUAUAAAAACCAAAAAGAGUGAGAACGAUGAACAGCAAUACACCAAAAGUACCAACCAGGACUGUUUCACAUUUUGCGUUUCUGCGAUGGGGAGAGAAAGGAAAAAAAUUGUUAAAUCUUAUUAUGGUGCCAAAAGCGAUGACUAUCUGUGUGUCUAUGGCUUUCAAGGAGACACUGUAUAUGAUGCCCUGUGCAAUGACGACAGAUUUCUUCCCUGGGUGACAGAAAACAAUUGGACACUAGUCAAGGAAGGGGUCAAAUAUACAAAAAAUAUCCGUGUGGAAAAGGUAGCAAACCAAAAAUUUGAUGUGAUUGUUAAAGAAAUUAAAAAAGGAAAAUCUCAAAAUGGACUUAAAGAGAAGGUUAAGAAAAUGACCUUACAACAAAACUCAAAUUCAAAGAAAGAAAUGGAUGACUAUGGUACCGUCCAGGAAGUUGCACCAUCAGUCAGUGCUGAUAACAAGCUUUUGAAGCUAGAGAUGGCAAAGAGAGACAGGAAACCAAUUCCUUCAAUAUCGAAGCCAAAGGAAAGCAAUGUCUAUUUUAUUAAAAAGAGCAUCUUAAAAAUAUAUACUUUUUUUGAAGAGGAAAAGAACUGGAUCACAGAUUUCUUUGAGAAAGAGAAAAACAUUACUGGAAAAAGUGGCAAUGAGCUAUUUAAUCUAUAUCGAGAAGAAUUUAGUAAAGUAACUGAGGAUGCCAUGACAUCCAAAAGCUUUAAGACACUUGUUCCUUUAGUUGACUCCAUUGGAUAUAUACAUUUGACCAAGAAUGGAAGAUUUAUCUCUGGUACUUGCUUUGUCUUCUGGGAUAGGUACCUUCUUACUUGUCGACAUGUACUACAUGCCAUCAUUGGUGACGUGGAAGAACAAAAAUGGGCACAGACAAUUAGUGAAAAUGCAUUUGUGACUUUCACUGAUGAAAACCCUAAAUAUUCCAGCAAAAGAAUCAGUAUUGAGCCCUGGUUUGAGGUGGAAAGUGAGACUUUGGAUUAUGCAGUCUUAAAACUGAAGGGAAAUGAAAUUCCUAAGAGUUUAUUUAAGCAGAAGCAGAGCACUGAACUCCCCUGUAAUGGCAUGGUUUUUAUUAUUGGACACCCAGAAGGAGAGGUGAAGAAAAUUGACAUAUGUACUGUGAUCUCUCUAGCAGAUCGGGUAAAAAAGUGUCAGACAGUUCUCCAGAAUCAGCAGAAGCUAGAAUGCAAUCCUACAAACUGCCCUGACAAAGAGGAUAGAUGCAUCCACAUGUUCUCCUUGAAAAAUUUAAAAGAAAAUCAGAUGAUAAACUCUCAGGAUUGCUUGACCUAUGACACCAGUUUCUUCUGUGGAUCCUCUGGCUCCCCAAUACUUGAUACAUCUGGCCGACUGGUUGCCAUGCACUCUGCUGGCUUCAAAUAUGACUUUCAGGGUCAGAAACAGAGUAUCAUUGAGUUUGGCAUUUCUAUCAAUUCCAUUCACAAUGAUAUGAAACAGAAUCAUGAAAGUUGGUAUACUUCACUAUUUCCAUACCAAGAGGAUGUAGAAAUGGUGAAUGUUGAUGAUUCACCACCAAGUGUCUGGGGCUGACUCCUAUGUGGGGAAAGGAAUCAGCACCAGGAACUGUCUGCCCUGACGCUGAUGACAGCUCUUCCAUGCCUUCCCAUCCAUAUGCCCACACAUUUUCUCAUAAGUCCUGCACAGAGAAUCGAUAACUGACAUUUACAUAGUGCCUUAGGGUUUGCAAAACCCCUUACAGAGAUUAUUUCAUCUGAGCCUCACAACCCU